AAUUUACAGAGACUGUGAUGCUCUGGGUGCAGAUAAGACAUAUCACACGAUUACUGAUCACGGUACAUAUCUGCGCCAUGCUCGCGAUUCAGUGACGUAUGCGCAAAGCAGCGAACUCCGGUAGAAUGCAUUAUUUUUGAAGAACAAAAGAUAUAUCCUCUAUGUCAGUGUUUACUGCGAGGUAAUAUUCCAUAGCAAUAUUAAGACCAUCAUGCAGUCUUUACAAAGAGCGUUCGGGAUAAUAACAAAGAUCGACGAGAAGGACGUCAGUAUUUCGAAAACCGUUUUAGGAAGUGGAGGUUUCGGUUGCGUGAAUCCUGGCAAGUGGAAGAACCGUGAAGUCGCCAUCAAGUGCAUCCGAGUUAGUGGAAAUUUUCGCCAAGAUGCAGCACUGAAAAACGAAGCCAGCCUGAUUUUCAGAUGCGAUCAUGUGAACAUCAUCAAGAUGCACGGCCUGAUCAAUUUCCAAGACGGCAGAUUGGGAAUUGUCAUGGAGUUAGCAGACAAAGGACCCUUGUCUCGUAAGCUUAUGCGGGAGCUGUCAAAAGGCGACGGCGCUGCAGCUCGUCGAUUUUCCAAAGGAAUCAUCAACGGACUUCAAUACUUGCAUCACCGUCGCAUCGUCCACCGUGAUUUGAAGCCCGACAACAUCUUGUGUUUUGGCGAGCUUCCUUCGCCCAAAAUAACAGACUUCGGAAUAUCUAAAGUAAAGAAGAUUCAAAAUUCAGAUGGGGAUGAUCGAAAAGUUGCAGUGCAAUGA